AUGCCUGCUCCAGCUGUUCCCGAACAAGACGGUGAUGUGCAACCACAUGCAACAAUGGAGACUCGUGUUGCAGGACAAGGACAACCGAAACGUGUUGGUCGAUGGACGUUAGAACAGCUUCGACAAACUGAUGGUAUAAUCCCGUCUCAAGCGGGUUGGAACAAAGGUGAUUCCCAAAAGUUGAUGACCAAUUUCGGUACACCACGAAACACAAGUACCAAAGUGAAAUCGGACAAUUUGCAAGAAGUUCCCGAAGAGGUGCUAUUGCGAUCAAAUGGCGAGGUACGUUUGCAGUCAGGUACGAACAAAUUUGACUCCCAGCGCGGUAUGACUGGAUUUGGAACAGGCCGAGACGUAUGCAGAGAGGGUAUUCACGUCAAUCAACUGCCCAGUGACGUUCAGGCACUUCCUGAAGAGAAAAUUCGAUUGAGUGAUGGAAUCGUUCGUCUUCAGGCCGGUACAAACAAAUAUGAUUCACAAAAGGGUAUGACCGGUUUCGGCACGUCACGACGAGAAACGACUAAAAUGUUGGAUACAAAGCAUCCAGAAUACGAUCAUGAGCAUCCGGAUCAGUCUGAAAUACCGCUUCAAGCCGGUACGAAUAGAUUCGCAUCGCAGAAGGGAAUGACUGGAUUUGGUACAUCACGUCGUGAAACUACAAAAAUGAUCGAUACGUCCCAUCCGGAAUAUAACCCAGAAAGUAGCAUCGAUGCGACAACGAUCCCCAGUCAGAUGGGCAGUAAUAAAUACGCGUCUCAAAAAGGCAUGACUGGAUUCGGUCAACCACGUUGGGAGGUGCUAGAUCCAUCAAUUUCGUGGCAAAAUCGUAAGAGUCAAGGCAUGGUUCGUCUACAGUCUGGUACUAACAGAUUUGCCUCUCAGCAAGGAAUGACUGGUUUUGGUACGGUCCGUAAUACGACCUAUGAAGCCGAAGCUGGUGAACUUCCUUAUGAAGACAUGAAAAAGUCCGAAACGAUUAUUCCUUCACAAGCCGGUUGGAACAGAGGCGACUCACAAAGAGGAAUGACAGGCUUUGGAGCACCACGUGAUGUGAAAGGCAAACAUUUGAAACGAAUUUGGGAAUUAGAAUAUCCGGAAGAGGCGGAAGUAUCUCUCGAUCGACUCUGA